AUGAUACUUUGCAUCGAAGAAGCCCACAGGAUGGAGUGGAUUCACAGGGACAUCAAGCCGGACAAUUUUCUAAUUAGCUCCUCAGGGCAUCUCAAGAUCUCUGACUUUGGUCUCGCAUUCAAUGGCCAUUGGGCGCACAGUCAAGCAUACUACAAUGGCCAGCGCGAGACCUUGCUAGAGAAACUGGGGAUUGGCAUUAGAGGUGAUGAGCAAGACGUCGCCGACGAAAUCGAUCUCCAACAAGACGGAGAGGCACAUGUCGGACGACCCGUGAACAAGGACCGCAAGCAAGAUGCCGAGGAAGCAGCACAACGUGAAGGCCUUCUCAAUUGGCGAAAUCGAGUUGAGAAGCGCAAGCUAGCUCGCAGCAUCGUCGGCACAAGUCAGUAUAUGGCCCCUGAAGUCAUCUUGGGACAGCAGUACGAUGGUCGUUGCGACUGGUGGAGUAUCGGCAUCAUUCUCUACGAAUGUCUCUACGGCAGGACCCCCUUUUACUGCGAAAACCGCCAACGCACCAAAGACAGCAUCGUUGCGCACAAAGAUACUCUGACAUUUCCCGACCAAGGUCGUUGGGCACGACCAUCAUCGUCGAAGCCCGUGCAGCUCCCGCCGCCCAGCGAAACUGCUGUCGAUCUGUUGCAAGGGAUAUUGACCGACAAGGAAAAUCGACUUAGUUCCCGCAGGUACCGGUAUGCUGAAGGUAGAAUACCCAGACGCCUUUCCACAGCAUCCGCGCACGUCAGUCCUCUAGCUUCGCAUGUCUAUCCAAAUGGAGCGGAGGACAUCAAAUCACAUGAUUUCUUUCGCGGUAUCCCGUGGACCCGCAUACACCUCAUGCCGCCUCCGUGGGUGCCUCGUGUCCGAGAGAAUCAGUCCAUUACAAAGUACUUUGAGGACGAGAAGGACAUCAUCACAGAUGAGUUGUCUAGUACACUAAGCCUCCAGGAAGAUGCUGGCGAGGGUGCCUCACAGGAGGCAUCAGGAUCAUCAUCUCACAGACUUGAGCUAGAACGGCGGAAGGCAGAAAGGGAAUGGCUGGAGCAAUUCGAGCUGGGUCUCCAAGGUUGUGCGUAUGGUGAAUUGGAUCGCGUCAAGCAGCACUACGGCGAAAGAUAUGAGGAAUGGAGAUGUGCUCGAAAGGAAGAGGUGGCCAAGCUGCGAGCGAAGAAUGGCAAGUGUGUAGACACGCCGUCAGCCGCAGCGAAGCCGAGAAAGGAGAAGAAGCGAGCCCGAGAUAAAGCGCUUCGUGAUCCAAGCGUGGCAAAGACAGUAAUGGAGCUGAGGAAAAAGGGUGCCUUCUUCGGGUAUACUUACAGGCGACCUAAGCACAUCAUCUUGAAGGAAGAUGGCAGAGUGAGAAGAACAGGAUUCUCGAGACCUACAAUCCUCCCGGUUGGCUGCGAUGGCCAGUUUUCGAGGAGAUGA